AAAAGUCACAGCAAGAGUUUGUCUCUGGCACCUGUGUGACUUGUGUUUCAGGUGUAAUUCCACCUCAUACCUGGGGAAUACAUGAAGAUUUCAAAGAAUUAGCAACCAUGCUUGAAGGAUUAAAAAUCCUUUCUCUUAUUAAAUUUGACCUAGUGCUAACAGGUACCAAUACAGAAGUAUCCUUCUUUUUUUUUUUAAAUAAAAACAUUAAAAAAACAAUAGAUAUUAAUAUUAACAUACUUUUUAUAGGUAAAAGAAGGUAUGACAGAAAACAACAAGGAUAUGGUGGACAAACCAAGCCUAUUUUCAGAAAGAAGGCUAAAACCACUAAGAAAAUUGUUUUGAGAAUGGAAUGUUCUGAAUGCAAAUACAGGAAACAGUUACCUAUCAAGAGAUGCAAACAUUUUGAGAUUGGUGGUGAUAAGAAGAGAAAGGGACAAAUGAUCCAGUUUUAAAGGGAAUAACAUCUUUGUACAGUUGUUUGAAAUAAAAUUGUGUCCUAUCUU